UUCCUCGUCCUACUAAUAUUAAAUGUUUACUAAACUCCAUGAAUCCUCCGCUUAUAAAACAAAUAUCAAAAUUUAUCCAAUCCCGAAAAAUUCGCUUGUAGGUAUAAUCAAAAUUAUUUUUCCCCUCCCAAUCUCCCAUCCUACCCUCCUUCUUCCAACUAUUUUAAUCCCUGUAUUAUGUAUAUAUUUGUGUUGUCUCAAUCUGUGAUGUCUUUUUUGUUUUGUUUUAGGUACUCACACAAAUAAUUUCGCUUAUUGUUAAAAAAUUAAAUAUUGUAAAUUUUUUUUUUCUCUCUUAAAACCCUGUAACUUUGUCAAAGCUGUUUACGUGACAUUGGCGAAAUCAUGGUUCUCAAAACCAAGCCGUCGCCAAAAUAAAAGAAGAAGAAGAAGAAAGGGACGCUUUCGCUUUAUUUUCGUGAUUGUCCAUUAUUUUCCUAAAUACAUGCUUUUCUUUCUGUAAAACCCUUAAACUGUAAGUGUAAAAUGUAAUUUGAAUCUCAUUGCACAAGUUUUACGCGAUCUGUAUCCGAUUAGAAACGGGACGUAGGUAACCAUGAGUAAAAGACGCCGGGCGUCUUCUGUGGCCAGCCGGGGGGCCGACGGUGAUGAUAGCGACGAUGUAGAGCUCAGUAACCCUGGGCCGCCGCCAUCGGCUAGGAAGAAGAAGAAGUUGGAUCCAGGAGAGAUUUGCCAACAACUGUACGAUACGAUAAGAUCUCACAAAAAAGAGGAUGGAACUCUAUUGUGCGAUUCAUUUAUACGAGCUCCUAAACGUCGUCAAGAACCACACUAUUAUGAAGUUGUAUCCCAGCCUAUUGACUUGUUGAGGGUUCAACAAAAACUAAAAACGGAUACGUACGAAGACAUUGAUGAGUUGUCAGCCGACAUUGAGCUUCUCGUGAACAACGCGAAAGCAUUCUACAAAUCUGAUUCAGUGGAGUACAAGGAUGCAAAUGACUUGUGGAAACUUUACACUCACAACAGACAAGCUCUUGAAAAUGGAGAAGAAAUCAAGACUCCAAAAAUGUCUCGUAAUGGGUCUUCAAGCCGUAGAUCUGAUGUGGCUGAGGAUCUAUCAGAAUCGUCCACUAAUAAUGAGGAGGACAAUGUGUUUGAGGAGUUAUUUAAUGCUGUCAUGACAGCGAACGCCGACGGCCGUCCUCUCUACCCAGCCUUCCAGUUCCUACCAUCAAAGCGCCGCUACCCAGAGUACUUCAGUGUCAUCGAGAACCCCAUAGACUUGAAGACAAUCGCACAGAAAAUACAGGGUGGCGAAUACUGCACACUACUUGAGCUGGAAAGAGAUCUACAGAUGAUGGUCAGGAACGCCUGCCAUUUCAACGAACCUGGCAGUCAGAUUUACAAGGAUGCUAAGACACUGAAAAAGGUGAUCACAGUACGCAAGCAAGAAAUCGAUCAACACGGGCGCGGCGGGCCACCGAAGACUUCCGAACGGAUCCGCAGCAAGCGCACGUCUCGUGUCGGCCCCGUGCCGUCCAGUAAAGCGCUGGCGAUCAUGGAGCCACCAGGGUCUGACCAGGAGCCCGAUGUUAAGUUUCGCUUGCAGCAUUCGGAGGACAGCGCGGGCGACAGUGAUGAAGAGAAGAUCGAAAAUGAAGAUUCACCGCAGUGGAAGCUGUUGGAGACAAUAAAGAAUCACCUUGGUUCUAACGGUACACCAAUGGCCGAGCCAUUCUGGAAGCUGCCCUCCCGCAGAGCUUACCCAGAUUACUACAAAGAAAUCAAGAACCCCGUCUCUUUGAAUCAAAUCAAGAACAAAAUCAGACGAGGCAGCUACGGAACCCUGUCCGAAGUGGCCGGAGACAUGAACAUCAUGUUUGAGAACGCUAAGCAGUAUAAUGUGCCUACUUCUAGGCUGUAUAAGGAUGCUGUUAAGCUGCAGAGACUAAUGCAACAACGCGUUCAAGAGCUCCUAGACAUCGUGCAAAGUUCGUCCAGCGAUGACGAGAGUUUGUCUUCGGUGAAAAACCAAGUGAACACCCCCAGACCUAGAGGUCGUCCGCGCCUGAACCCCACUCCAGCGUCGGCGCCGUCACCCUCGCCGUCUCCAGUGCCCAAGCCUAACGUGCCUCUCAAGAAGAAGCUGCAUUACAUCGCUAAACAGCUCCUAGAGUAUACGUGCCCUGACGGCAGGCAGCCCAUGCUUCUGUUCAUGGAGAAACCCAGCAAGAAACUGUACUCGGAGUACUACAAUGUCAUCGAGAAACCCAUUGAUAUGAUCACCAUUGAGGCUAAUAUUAAGAACGACCGCUACAAUACAAUGGAGGAACUAAUAUCCGACUUCCGGCUUAUGUUCGCCAACUGCCGACAGUUCAACGAAGAAGGCUCCAUGAUAUACGAAGACGCGAACCUUCUAGAGCGCGUCAUGUUGGAAAGACUCAAAGAACUCAGCAGCGGCACUCAUGAGAGGAAACAGAACUUGAAGAAUAUCAAAGUUGUUAAGAGCAAACAGCUGACGCAGUUUGAACAGAAGCUGAGGACGUUGUAUGACGCGAUUAGGGAUUAUAGGGAUCCCAAAGCCAACCGCCAACUAGCUCUAAUCUUCAUGAAGCUGCCCAACAAGAUAGAAUACCCCGACUACUACGAGCUAAUAAAAAACCCUAUCGACAUGGAGAAAAUAGCUCACAAGCUAAAGAACAACGGCUAUAGCUCCGUGAACGAGCUCGCGUCUGACUUUAUAUUGAUGUUCGAUAACGCGUGCAAGUAUAACGAACCUGACUCCCAGAUAUACAAGGAUGCGCUUAUAUUGCAGAGGAUGUGUUUGCAGACUAAGCAAAUGCUUAGGGAGGACGAGGAUUCAGUGCCAGACGUGCCGGCCGCGGUGCAAGAACUUCUGCUCAAUCUGUUCACCACAGUCUACAAUCAUCAGGAUGAGGAGGGCAGAUGCUACUCAGACAGUAUGGCGGAACUCCCAGAACACGACGAGUCGGCUAGCGGCGAGAAAGUCCGCGCUAUAUCGCUGGAUCUAGUCAAGCGCCGUCUCGACAGAGGCCUGUAUAAGCGGCUAGACCACUUCCAGCAGGAUAUGUUCGCUGUUUUCGAAAGAGCUCGUCGACUCUCGCGCACCGAUAGCCAAAUCUUCGAGGACUCCGUGGAACUUCAAGCGUACUUCGUGGAACAGAGGGACCUUCUCUGUCGGAAUACCUUAUCGUCGCCCGCGCUGUCGUUCACUAGAGAUACGCUUACAACGAGCGUGGAGUUGGUUAAGCAGUGUAAACUCCUGCAAGAAAACGAAGAUGAGGAUGAUACCAAAUCAAGCAUAGACGACUCCAUGCCUGCCGGUAGCGCACCUCUACAACAGACUCAGUACAGCAAGGGAGACUUCGUGUACAUUCUCCCAGAGAAGGGAAACAAGGAGCCCGGCAUAGUGCAGGUGGAACGCGUGUGGACUAACAAGGAUGGCGUGCCGAUGCUGUACGCCAAUGUGUACUAUCGUCCCCACGAGACAUUCCACGUGCUGACACGCAAGUUCCUACACCAGGAGGUGUUCAAGACAGAGACGCACCGCACCGUGCCGCUGGACCAAGUCAGCGGCCAUUGCUACGUCAUGAACGUCAAGGAGUACUUCAAGUUUAAGCCGCUAGGCUACUCUGACAAAGACGUGUACGUGUGUGAGAGUCGCUACAACACCAAGAACAGAUGGUUCAAGAAGAUCAAGGUCUGGGAGGGUUCGGAGAAGGAAGCCACUCUAGUUCCGAGAGACGUGCCUUUGGAACCCAACCGAACGGUGUCAGUGUUUCGUGAACGCGUCGAAAAACACAAGGACGAAUUGGCAGAGCUUGAAGUGUUGGAGAAUGUACAAGAAAAAGAGAGGCCUGACGUAGUGAUGUACAACCCCCUCGGAACAGACGACGAGAACACGUACUAUGAGCAGUACAACACAGUGUGUUCCGGCGUCAUCAAGACCGGCGAUUACGUAUACGUAGUCACGGACGGCGGCAAGCAAAUGAUCGCACAGGUCGACACUAUCUGGGAGACUGGCGAUAACAAAUGCUACUUCCGUGGGCCAUUCCUCAUUUUCCCGUCUGAAGUCGCCAACAUCAUCAGUAAGCCUUUCUACAAACAAGAGGUGUUGCUAACAACGAUCCAUGACACCAGCCCACUUGUGGGCAUCGUGGGGAAGUGCGCGGUGUUGGACUACGACGAUUAUCUCAAAUGUCGCCCAACAGAGAUAUCGGAAGGGGACAUCUACGUAUGCGAGUCGGUAUACGACGAGUCUAGCCGCGUAGCGCGUAAACUCAAAGCCGGUCUACGCAAGUUUGAACACACGAAAGACGUCACAGUAGACGAGAUAUACUACUUCCCCAAGCCGCUGGGCCCACCGGCGCUUGCCACGAGCCUCGACGUGCAAGCCUCCACCAGUGCCUUUAACCAGAAACAGUUCAACACCAACGUCAAUAUGGACCACAUGGACGUGAAACCUCAGUUCACGAAUCUCAUCAACACGACCAUCGGCAGCCAGGACGUCGAAAUGCUUCUGGAGAACUCGUUGGAUGAUUCGUCGCUCGCUUCGCCGGCCACGCCUCUUUCUAUUGGUGGCAACAGCAACCCAUACAACCCCACCAUGACCGCCACACCCAGCCAAGAGCGAUCCAACACAUCCGCUACCCCGGCCAGCAGUAAGAAGAAAAAGGAAUCCAAACAGAAGAUUGUCACCGGGUACAUUCUAUACUCUAGUGAAGUCCGCAAGGCGAUUGUGGCGAACAAUCCCGACUGUACUUUCGGCGAAAUAUCCCGGAUCGUGGGCAACGAAUGGCGUUCUCUGCCCACCUCGACCAAGCAGAGUUGGGAGGAGCGCGCGACGCGCUGCAACGAAGAGACGGCCGCUAGGCUCGCCGAGGAGAUGCGAGAGUUGUCACAGCAUGUGAUGAGCUUGAACAAGUUGUUCCUAUUAGGGAGCGGCUUCGCUCGCGUAAACAGAAGUAGUAUACGUCAUCAGAGUUGGGAGGAGCGCGCGACGCGCUGUAACGAGGAGACGGCCGCUAGGCUCGCCGAGGAGAUGCGAGAGUUGUCACAGCAUACCCCAAUGGAGAACACAUUCGAGUGCGCGUGGGACAACUGUGACUACCAGUUCGAGGAGCUGGCAGACUGCAUGGAGCACUGCAUCGGGGAUGGUGGAAACAUGAUUGGGACAUUUGUUGAAACAAAGAAGAGUAAGUUGGAACCGGGCCACGUGCAGCAGUACUACCGCGGCGCGUUCACGGAGUACCCCUGCCUCUGGCGGAACUGCACGCGCGUGCGCAAGGGACAAGCGCCCUUAUUGCUAGCUCUUAAGAGCCGUUUGCUCAAAUUUCUGCUGUAUCCUGUUCUUCUUCUCCCAACAUACUCUGGCGUAGCGGGCCACGUGCAGCAGUACUACCGCGGCGCGUUCACGGAGUACCCCUGCCUCUGGCGCAACUGCACGCGCGUGCGCAAGGGACAAGCGCCCUUCCCCAACCUGCCGAGGUUGUUACGUCACGUGAGAGACCUACACGUCAAUAAGGGCAACGGAAAGAUGAUGGCCGUUCAUGAGAGGUCCAGGAAUUUCGUACCGUCAACAAAGAAACCACCGAAGACUUACACUGGCACUACCCGUAGCGGUGUUUUAUCGCCAGGAGCGUCGCUGUCAGGCAUGUCGCCUGUAGCCCGCAACACGCCGUCGCCCGGCGCGGGCGCGGGCGGCGCGGACGUGGCUGGAGCGCUGGUUGCGGGCGCGCGCGCGGGCUUGGAGCCGCUGUUCGUGGCCGCGCCGCCGCGAGCGCAGCGGGUCACGCACUCCGAGGCGUAUAUCAGGUACAUCGAAGGCCUGCACUCGGAGCAAAAGUACAUCACUCCAUGGGAGAAAUCUCUCACUCCGAUGCCUGUGAACCCCGACCCAGGUCAUUACAACAUGCACAAGCUGACUGCCGCCCACUGGAUGACGGAUGACGCCGUCAACGGCUAUCUAGCCCAAGACAAGAGUUUGGCAGAAACUGACAUCCAAAAGAUGGAUCAGAACUCAAAACUUCUGAAGGGAUUGUGCGCAUUGAGAGAUUUCAUGAUGCGUGACGCACUGUCUAUUUACAAGAGCACUUGAUGACGCAAGAAGUAAUGACGCACUUAAUAUGGUGUGAAGUGUUGACAAUCAUGUUAAUACGAUUCAGCAUGGACUGAAAUUUAAGUUUAAGCAUAGAUAUUUAGAUUUUUCUAAGCUAUAACGCAAUCAUGUUUUUUCACUAUAAAUCCAUUAUUGACAUUAUAUUAGUAAGUAAAGUAAUUAAUAAAAUAAUUAGAUGUUA